UUCAGAAAUGUCUGCAAAGCAAAACGAUAAAUCAAAAUGGCGAAGAAGGAAAUGCACGAAGUCACCAGUUGUAGACAACGAUUGCGUAAGCCUGGCGUGGCUGCUGAAUUUUAGAUUAGAUGAAAUAGUUAAGGUGAAAGUUCCGGAUGAUGACGAUGUGGUGGAGCCGAAGAUCGAUGUACCUGAUAUUCCAUCCGCGGCGAGGAAGCCGCCAUACACGUACCCGGAGCUGAUCGAAAAGGCUUUGAGAGAAAAGGGAGAAUUGACCGUAUCGGCUAUUUAUCAAUGGAUUUCUGAUCGCUUCCCCUACUACAAAGCGAAUGACGAGCGCUGGAAGAAUUCGGUCCGGCACAACUUGUCGAUCAACCCGUACUUUCGAAAAGGGGCACGCGCUCCACAAGGCGCCGGUCACCUGUGGUCGCUCGCCGCCAACGCCAUCGAUCUGCUGCCUCUCAGGCCCGAUGCUGACAAGAAGACUGAAGAAGUCAUUCAUGAAGUGCAUGUCAUUGAAUGUCCUAAGGUUAUAGUUCUAGACGAGGCUGCGAUCGCCGCGGCCAGUAUCAUUCCCGAACAUGAUUUGUUUACCGGUAGUACAAUGUUCCUGAACCCCGUAUCAACCGAGCAAGUGGUACGAGAAUGUGGACUCAUCACUGUAGAUUAGUGUGUAUAGUGUUCGUAAAGGCUUUAGAUAACUUUAAAUAGUGGUAUUACG